GUUUGACACAGCUGAGAAUGUGGUGAUCGUGGCAUCUCAGAAGCGCCCACUGGGCGGUCGAGAGCUCCACCUGCCGUCCAUGUCCAUGCUGACGUCAAAAACGUCCACGCAGAAGUUCUUCCUGCGUGUGCUGCAGGUCAUCAUUCAGCUCCGAGAUGACACACGCAGAGCUAACAAGAAGGCCAAGCAGACAGGCAGGCUAGGUACCUCCAGCCUGGGCUCGGCUAGCAGCAUCCAGGCAGCUGUUUGGCAGCUGGAGGCUGAGGCUGAUGCCAUUAUACAAAUGGUACAUGAGGGUCAAAGGGCGCGGAGACAGCAGCAAGCAGCAACGUCGGAGUCCAGCCAGUCUGAGGCUGCUUCCCGGAGGGAUGAGUCUCCCAUGGAUGUGGACCAGCCAUCCCCUGCUUCUCAAGAUACCCAGUCCAUUGGCUCCGAAGGAAGCCAACAGAGCGAGAAGGAGAAAGAAGAGAGACCCCCUGAUCUUCCCCUGCUUAGUGAGCAGCUGAGCCUAGAUGAACUCUGGGACAUGCUGGGCGAGUGUUUGAAGGAGCUCGAAGAAUCCCAUGAUCAACAUGCAGUGCUAGUGCUGCAGCCUGCUGUCAAAGCCUUCUUUCUGGUUCAUGCCACUGAACGGGAGAGUAAGCCACCUGUUGGGGACACGCGGGAAAGCCAGCUGGCUCACAUCAAGGAUGAGCCACUGCCACUCUCCCCUGCUCCUUUGACCCCUGCCACCCCCUCUUCCCUGGACCCCUUCUUCUCCCGAGAGCCCUCAUCUAUGCACAUUUCCUCCAGCCUGCCCCCAGACACACAGAAAUUUCUUCGGUUUGCAGAGACUCACCGCACUGUGCUAAAUCAGAUCCUACGCCAGUCCACCACCCAUCUCGCAGACGGGCCCUUUGCUGUCCUAGUGGACUACAUCCGCGUGCUCGACUUCGAUGUUAAGCGCAAGUAUUUCCGCCAAGAGCUAGAGCGUCUAGAUGAGGGACUCCGGAAAGAAGACAUGGCUGUGCACGUCCGCCGUGACCAUGUGUUUGAAGACUCCUACCGCGAGCUGCAUGGAAAAUCCCCAGAGGAAAUGAAUAAUCGAUUGUACAUAGUGUUUGAAGGAGAAGAAGGCCAGGAUGCUGGGGGCCUCCUCCGAGAGCAGUACACGAUCAUCUCCCGAGAGAUGUUUAAUUCCAUGUACGCCUUGUUCCGGACCUCACCCGGUGACCGGGUCACCUACACCAUCCAUCCCUCCUCCCACUGCAAUCCCAACCAUCUCAGCUACUUCAAAUUUGUCGGGCGCAUUGUGGCCAAGGCUGUAUGUGACAACCGGCUUCUAGAGUGCUACUUCACCCGAUCUUUCUACAAGCACAUCCUGGGCAAGUCAGUCCGGAGCUAUCCGAAAACAGUCGGCAGCCUUUUUGGAGGGUUUCUAUGAGAUCAUCCCCAAACGCCUCAUUUCCAUCUGCACGGAGCAGGAGCUGGAACUUCUCAUCUCAGGACUGCCCACCAUAGACAUUGAUGACCUGAAAUCCAACACCGAGUAUCACAAAUACCAGUCCAACUCCUUCCAGGUGAGUGACCCCUCGGCAGGUGCCCCGGCCCUCUUCAGUUCUCAGGCUCAUCCCUAGGGAAAUCUCCCAAUGGUACUGACGAUGAACAUGAACAGCAAGCGUGGCAAGGCGGAUUAGAAGGAAGGGCCCUGAGACCCUGUUGGAAUGAUGGACCUCCUGGAGCUGAGAGGUUGAGCAUCCCUCACACAUGGUCAAGGCAUGCCUUUGGGAGCAGGACAUCUUCCCUUGAUGGCCAAAGAGAAUCUUGGGAAUGAGCAUCACUUCCUUGGCCAUAAUGCUUGACACCUCCCUCUCAUUUUCUUUUGCCGAAUGAGCAAAAACCACAGAAUUGCUGUUCUGACAAGGACAUUAAGAUACCAGCUAGCCUGAAGAUCCGUGUGUCAAUAAGAGAAGGAAAUGGGCUCAUAUGUGGGCAGUUAGGGACUUCAGAUUAGAAUGGGCUGGAGUGAGAAAGGGGCUAGUAAGUGCCUACUAUGUGCCAGGCACUGGGCUAAGUCCUGUCAGGAGACAAAAGCAAAAACCAUCUUAGUUCUCAGGGGCUCACGUGAUCAAUUAGAAAUGAUUAAGAAAGAAAAGCAGUAGGAUGCCAGGAAUUGGGAAAGCGUUCCUCUAAAAGAUGGGUGUUUAUUUAGCUGGGACUUAACCCUGUUCCAUCUUUGUUGCUGACCUCCAACCUCCCAUCUCCAGCUGCCUCCAACAUCUCGAAACUGCAUGUCCAAUAAACGUGUGAAACUCAAA